AUGGGUGAAAUUUGUGGGGCAAGAAUGGGUGAAAUUCGUGCGACAGCUGCUGUCAGUCUGGAGUUCCUAGAUGUCGCUUACGAACUCAAACGAGGAAUAGGAAUCCUGAAAGGCAUAUCGGGUGCGGUCCGGCCCGGCGAGAUCCUGGCCAUGCUUGGCCCUUCAGGCAGCGGCAAAACCACCCUCCUGACCGCCCUUGGCGGCCGUCUCUCCGGUAGCCGCCGUCUCUCCGGCAACAUAACCUACAACGGCAGGCCGUUCUCGUCGGCCGCCAAGCGGGCCAUAGGGUUUGUGACCCAAGACGACGUCCUCCAUCCUCAUCUGACCGUGGGGGAGACCCUCAUCUACACAGCCCUCCUCCGGCUGCCGUCCAGCCUGUCCUCGGCCGAGAAGGCAAGGCACGCGGUUGCCGUGGGGGCCCAGCUCGGGCUGUCGAAGUGCUGGGACAGCAUUGUGGGCGGCCCGCUCAUGAGGGGCGUGUCGGGCGGGGAGAGGAAGCGGGUGAGUAUCGGGCAGGAGAUGCUCAUAAACCCAGGCCUGCUGCUGCUCGACGAGCCCACGUCCGGGCUCGACUCGACCAAUGCAUCAAGGCUCGUGUCGACGCUGCGUGGGAUGGCUGACGAAGGGAGGAGUGUCGUGAUGACGAUCCACCAGCCGUCGAGCAGGAUCUUCUACGAGUUUCACAAGGUCCUUCUGUUGUGCGAUGGGAGCCCUUUGUUCUUCGGGCAGGGAUCGGGCGCACUCGAUUAUUUCUCGGGAAUUGGGUUUGCCCCGUUGGUCCCCAUGAAUCCUGCUGACUUCUUGUUGGACCUUGCCAAUGGUAUUUCUACUGUGGAUUCGGACGAGGGUCGAGCUGAGAUUCAGAAGACGUUGGUGGCGGCUUACGAGACACAUUUAUCAAGUAAUGUGAAAUCGGAAAUAAAUGUUGCGGAUGAAGGCAGUCGGUUGAAUUUCCCACUACACGGUGAUAAGCAGCCUAGUAUGUGGUGGCCUAACAAUUGGUGGUUGCAAUUCUCGGUGCUUUUUACUAGAGGGAUCAAAGAAAGGAAGCACGACUCGUUUUCUAUACUCAAGGUCGUCGAGGUUCUCAUCGUGGCUAUUGUGAGCGGUCUAAUCUGGUGGCAAUCCAAAACCAGUCACUUACAAGACCAGGUCGGGCUUUUCUUCUUCUACUCGUCGUUUUGGGGCUUCUACCCUCUAUUUCAAGCCAUCUUCACUUUCCCUCAAGAAUGCACUAUACUCUCCAAGGAAAGAUCUUCCGGCAUGUACCGAUUGUCAUCCUACUUCAUGGCUCGGACUCUUGGUGACCUUCCAAUGGAGUUAGUCCUUCCCACCGUAGCCUACACCAUCACCUAUUGGAUGGCGGGUCUUAGGGCCACAAUAGGAUCCUUUUCGUUGGGCCUACUCGUUCUUUUAUACAGCGUGAUGUGCACUCAAGGGCUUGGGCUUGCCCUUGGUGCGGUGGUCAUGGACUCGAAAUCAGCCAUCACGCUUGGCUCGGUUAUCAUGCUGACCUCAUUGCUGUCCAGCGGGUACUAUGCUCAACACGUGCCAAGAUUCGUGGGCUGGAUUAAGUACAUCUCGAUUCCACAGUACACGUACAAGCUACUUUUGGCUUCGCAAUACGCGCCUGGCGAGACAUAUCCUUGUGGCGCUAACAAGACUUGUCGAGUUGAGGAUUUCCCGGCGAUAGCAACUGUCGGGCUCGAUGGUAUUGUCGUGUCUGUGAUCACCAUGGCUGUGUUGCUUGUGGGGUAUCGACUUGUAGCUUAUAUUGCCCUCAUGAGGAUUGGUAGGAAUUAUUAG